AUGGCGGAUCCUCAACCCGCCACCGGAGCUCCGAAUCCUCCCCAACCCGAACCCGUUAACCCGCCUUCCCCUUCCCCCGAUCCUCCACUACCACCACCGCCAUCCGAUCCUAUGCCGGAGCCCGAUCGGAAUCCCUCCGGUGACCCUACUCCUGCUUCUGAUGAUGUCUCUGUCGCCCCCGCCGUCUCCGCCGGCUGUGACAGUCGAUCGUUCCAGCAGCUUCUCGCCGGCGCGAUGGCUGUCCCUGUUGUUGCUGUUCCUUGCUUCAUCGCUCCCGCUGCCUUGCUUGAGUCUCCGGGAUUCGCGGUUCGUUGCUUUGAUUCAUCGGGCUCUUUUCCUCAACCUGUGCUAUCUGCUAUUAGUCCAGUGCCAUUGCAACAAAGGCCACCAGCAGCAACUGAGAGCAAUGCCAAUACAACAGAAGCAGAUCAGCCACCCUCAUCUGAACCGAAAACUCCGUCUGCUCGGGUAAUUGUCAAAGCAGCCUCCAGUGAUGGGUACAACUGGCGUAAGUAUGGCCAGAAGCAGGUGAAGAGCAGUGAUAGGUCCAGAAGCUAUUACAAAUGUACAAAUACUGAUUGUUUGGCUAAGAAGAAGGUUGAGCAUUGCCAGGAUGGCCGUGUCACUGAAAUAACCUACAGAAACGUGCACAACCAUGACCCGCCACAAAAAUAUAGGUGCUCUAAAGAGAAAGGAUCUCAAUCUGUUGGGGCUUAUGGAGAGAAUGAAAACAUAGAUCCUCCAAGCGGAGAACUAAAUGAAACAGAUCCCACUGCAUCUAAAGUGGAACAAAAUUCUGGCAAUGAAACGCCUGAGCAACAGCUUCACUGCUCAAGUGACUGUGAGGAGGACAUAGCUAUUAAGACCGAGGAAGAUACCGGCAGUGAACCAGAUCCAAAGCGGAGGCUUACUGAAAGUGCUGUGCCUUAUUCAACUCCAGUGCUCAAAACAGUCAAGGAGCCUAAAGUUGUUGUGCAAACAGCAUCUGAUGCAGGUCUUGUCAGUGAUGGUUACAGGUGGCGGAAGUAUGGACAGAAAAUUGUAAAAGGGAAUCCUAAUCCAAGAAGCUACUAUAGGUGCACACAUGGUGGAUGCCCUGUUCGGAAGCAUGUUGAAAGGGCUUCGGAGGAUGCAAAAGCAAUGGUUAUAACUUACGAGGGCAAGCACAACCAUGACCUGCCUACACCCAAAAACAGCAGUGAUACGACAACUUCCGUUCUUACCAUUGCUGGAUCUGCUACGAUUACUGCACAUUUACAAUCAUCUGAUUCCGUAUCUGAUCAAAAGCCUUCAACUGAAUCUCUACAAGAUACAGAUGGAGCAAUCACAGGCAAAAAUGCACUCGAACUCGGAGGGGAGAAGGCAUUGGAAUCGGCUGAAACUCUUCUAAGUAUCGGGUAUAACAAAAAACCCGGAGACGGGUGUCGAUGAGACUAGUUCGAGCAGCAUUCAGCGGCCACCGAUUUUUAACGACAAUCAUGCAGCAGUUCCUGUCCAAAAUUCAUAAGCUAACAUGUCUGAUGAAAUUUUGGUGUACCUUGAUAUUUAAAGCUCCAACAAUGGUCUCUUAUUGUAUUUGUUAUUGUAUAGCUCUCCCAAGUUAUUUGUAGCAUCGAAAGUAUAAAUAGGAUUAGAUGAAUUUGACAUUAGUAUCAUCAAGUUCCAAAAGAGAACCUCAUUAUUAUCUUCAGACCAGAUGAUCCCUGCCCUGCCUGUAUAUCUUUCUUAUUGGCAAGUGGAUUAAAAAGGAACUAAAUAGUGCAGUGUGUUUGUUACUUCUUGACAUAUGGUUAAUGGAAAUGUAAUGUUUUGUUUA